AUCCACAUAGGUAGGCCCGUUCAAUUAUACAUCCGAGGCCACACAUCCAUCGUGAAUUCCAAUUUUACCCUUCACUUCUCUUCUUCAUUUCCCCUCGUUAUCUCCGCCGGCGGCGAAAACCGCCUGGCGUUGAGACUAAUGAAUCAACUGCAAAGGAUUCUCUCUGCUCGUCGCUUAUCUCCCUCAAUCAUACCUCCGUCGUGUUUUCUCCACCGGCGGCCGUUCUUGACCUCAGAAACCGAUGCUUCGUCGACGCCUUUUCCCAAUCCUCACCAUAAGAUCCAAACUACCGAAGUCGGAGGUUCCAAUAAAAGCCGAAGCACACCGUCGAAUACAUCUUCUCUGAAAGAUCAUGAGCUUGCCAAAUUCGCUGCCAUUUCUGAUACCUGGUGGCAUUCUGAAGGACCCUUUAAGCCAUUGCAUCUGAUGAAUCCAACUCGGCUGGCUUUCAUCCGCUCGACCUUAUGCAGGCACUUCAGUAAGGAUCCGAGUUCUGCUAGGCCUUUUGAAGGACUCAGACUCAUUGAUGUAGGUUGCGGCGGCGGACUACUCUCUGAGCCACUAGCAAGGAUGGGAGCAACUGUCACAGGAAUCGAUGCUGUUGACAAGAAUGUGAAAAUUGCUCGCCUUCAUGCUGAUAUGGAUCCAGUGACCUCGAUCAUCGAAUACAGUUGUACUACAGCAGAGAAGCUAGUGGAUGAAGGGAGGACUUUUGAUGCUGUUCUUGCUUUAGAGGUCAUCGAGCAUGUAGCAAACCCUGCAGAAUUCUGCAAGUCGUUGUCAGCAUUGACCAUCCCUAACGGAGCCACAAUACUUUCUACGAUUAAUCGCUCUAUGCGAGCAUAUGCAUCAGCCAUCGUUGCAGCAGAGUACAUUCUACAAUGGCUUCCUAAAGGCACACACCAGUGGUCAAGUUUUCUAACUCCUGAAGAACUUACUAUGAUAUUACAAAGUGCUUCAGUCGAUGUGAAAGAGAUGGCUGGAUUUGUGUACAACCCGAUAACAGGAAGAUGGUUAUUGUCAGACGACAUAAGCGUCAACUUCAUUGCUUAUGGUACGAAAAGGAAUGGUCUUGGAGACAUAUAG